AGCGACAGCAGCGACAACUAUUCUUGAUCUUGUAUUUGUAUCAAGAAUAAAGAACUUUUUUAUUCAUUUCAUUUUGGUUUUGUACAUGGAUGAGUAGGACCGCUACGCCCCGUAAUUAUGAAUAAUUGAGCAUAGUCUUGUCCUACGUCUCAAAAUAGCACCUUUCAACGAUAUUACUAUGGCUGUUGCCCUUGUUCUGGCGACAAAAUGAAGGGCCAAGGAAAGUGGAGCGAUGGAGCGAACGGCUGGGGCAACAGCAGCUAUAGCUCCGACUACAAUUACGAUUAUGGGUCCAGUGGUUGGUAUGGGUCCAGCGACGACUACAGCUAUCAUGGCGACAACUCGUGGCACCACGACGACGCAUCCUCAGCGACGUCCUGGUACACGGGAUCGGGCGCUACCGCGUCGUCCAGCAGCGCGUCGUAUCAAGGUAGGACUCCAGCAGCACAGCCCGCAAAGCAGCGCAAACCGCGCAUUGAGUAUCCCUCGACCGCCUUUAUGCAAUACCCGUCCACGAGGCAAGCCUUUUUUGACACCUUGGCUUCAGCGCUCCAGAACAUGGGAGCAGGACCGGCUUCCGGAAGUAGGCUGGGAAUAGGGCCUGGGCAAGCCGGCGGUACCGCGGCAGCCACGAAAGACGACGAUUUGCUCGGCGGACCACCCGGCGGAGAUGGCGUAGACGCCGGAACUGCUGCUGCGAUGGGCGAAACGAAAGACGUCCGCGUCUUGUCGGAGAAAGGUACAGCAGUUGCUUUGCUGUUCUGGUGAAUUUGGUCCUCUACUUCACCUUGCGGUUUUUUCUGCUCUUUUUGUGUUUCUUUGCAUAAAUGGUACGUUUAUGUCGACGGGAUGAUGAUGAAGCUUCGUGAUGUUCAUGCUUGCGGCUUGCUUUUACUAUAUAGUAACUAUAUAUAUUGCUGAUUCUGAUUUUGUAUGUUCGACUCGAAACUUGAUCCCGACUUCCUACCCCGCAUUGCUCGAUCUCAUCAGGCAAGGAGAAGAUGCGGCAGGCGAUCUCGUCUGCAACGAGCAUUGACGAACUCAGCGAACUCGACGACGCCCUGAACACCGGCGACAUUGACCAGGUGCUGAUUGACCGUUUAGGAUUGACUGCGAGCGACUUUGAAGACGACGAGAGUGGUACCGAGGAGGAGGACGACGAGCAGGACGAGGAACAAACCGCGGCUGGUGGCAAUGCGACGAAGAGAAAAGCCGACGGAUCAUCUCCGAUCGCCGCUGGUGCCAUCGACCAGGACCCGGAAGUUGCGCUUUCCGCGGUCGCAAUGGCGAAAGUCAAGAAGGCGAUCGACACAGUGGAAACCCUCGAAGACCUCGACGCUCUGGAACAGGCUCUGAACACCGGAAAGAUCGACCGGCUGAUCGCUGAGAGACUGCGCAUCGUCGUUUCCGAGAAGGAUGUACCGAAGAAAGCAGACACUGUUCCUGCACCUGCUAAGAGUAAAAAUUCCAAGGACAAUAAACGGCAAGAAGCCGAAAAUGUUAGCCCAACCGCGGCCCUCGCGGGCGCCGCGGCAGACGAAAUCCUGCGCAACAGCAACAUAAAAGGAACAGCAGCUGCUCCUGCAGGUAGCUCCUCGCCGAAAGACAAAGGAGCAGAGGCCGCAGAGUUUGUGCCGCCGCAGAACGACAACAAUGCGCUCCCCGCCGUAGACAAUAUCAUGAACUUGUUUCACCGGAAGAAAAACAACUCCGGAGACGGCGAUGAAGAACUUUUGGAGGAUGCGGAGGACGAAUGGGUGCCUGAAACCGGAGCGAGCCGUGGCGACCAGCACGAUGAUCCGGAUGAGUACGACCCGUUUCAGGAAGAGGAUCCUUAUGAGGAUGAAUUCGAGGACGUCGAUGAGUACGACGUCAGUCCCAAGACGCUGGAGCAGCGCGCACUAGCCGGGCUGCUGAAGAACGUCGGAACUGCUGGCGGUAGCAAAAAGGACGCGAGAAUAAACGAUGCCAAAUCUUCUGUUUCACCGACGAACAGGACAGGUACUGUGGGGGAAACAAUGGCGCGAGCGGCUGCAGGCACAGGAGCAGAACAACAGGUGCUCCCUAGUACUGUAAAGCGCGGCAACUCCGCACCAAAGAAGACGUCAACGUCUGGAGGAGAUAUCGCACCGGCAAAAGAGCUAGGAAACAUACCAGCGAGGGGCGAAAGCCUCGAGCUUGCCGAUCUCGAAGAGGACGUGGCGUCAACCAAGUUGCCGCCGCCGCCGCGACCCGCAAAAAUAAAAGUCGAAACCAUUACAAUUCCGUCUGGAGAGAACACUGCCGAUCUCGCACAGAACGCCGUUCCUGAUUUAGGGCUCGGUCUCCGGGAUCUGGGCACAGGUACGACGUCCUCUUUAAAGCGCACCGGCCAGCGAGAUUUAGAUCUUCGCGGCGCUGAGAGCAGCAUUGCAAGUGGAUCCGCUUCGGGUGUGGUCGAGCCGCGCGAGCAAUCUGAUGCGAAACGACAAAAAACAGACACAGCGACGUCUUUAUCGCCUCCUCCUGCUGCACCAGCGGCCCGAAAAAAACCCAUGCGCGACAACGCCUUUUGGCGCAGCUGGACGAGCCUGAUGCGACGGACACGCAAACACGCGAACUUCCAAAAGUUUGUGUCGCCACCGUGGCGUUACCCGCUUCCGCGCGGCUGGAAGCGCGCGGAGGAGCCCAUCAUUCUGCAGGGGGGAGGUCUGGAGCGGUGUCGCAUACUCGCCAUCCAGACGACCACGAUUUACGUCGGCGACCUGGAGGUCGGGUUCGACCCCCGUCAUCUCGCCCGCGUCACGCUCGUGGAAAUGGCCGACAGCAGCGGGGGCCGCAUAGAGGAGGGAGACCACGCCAGCAACGGCAAAGUCGUCCUGGACAUCCUGGUGAAACCAGAGCUGCCCGUUUUGGACCUGCGCACCCACGAGACGGGGCUGACCAAGGAAAAGCUGCAGGAGCACGGCGUGUCCUGGAAGCAGGCGAGGAAGCAGGUUUCGGAUGUACUCGCCGAGGAGCAAACCAUCCUUGUUGGGCACUGCCUGCACCACGCGUCCCUGGCCCUGCGCUUGUGCUUCAGCAUCUACCUCGUGGACACCGCGUUGCUGUUUGAAGUGUACGAGAAGAAGCACCAGUUUCACACCGUGCGCGCGCUCGCCGAGAUGAUGCUGGCGGAGAAGCCGGAUCCGGCCAGUUGGGAGGAAUUCCACAUCGAUCCCAUUGCCCGGUGCCGAUACAUGCUUUCUAUCGCGGGCAAGGAGGCCUUCCGGUUCCGUCGCACCUACGACCUCUUCGUCAGCGAGGCAGAAGAAAAAGUGGCGAGAAAGCUGAAGAAGCCGCCGCUGCCGCCAACCGUGGUUGCGGAGCAAGAUACCUUAAAUCAGACCACGUCGACAACGCAGAGCCCCAACAUGCCAGACCUUACGCCCCUCGCAUUUCCGAUGAAGACCUACCCCCUGCUGCUGAAAGUGCAGCACAUAUCGCGCGACUUUCGCCGGGGGAACACAAAGCGGAACGCCGCCACCCAGGCGGUCUUGAAGGCCUUCGCGCCGAAGGAGAUAGAAAUGGGACCGCUGGUCUGGAAGUUGAACGAGCAAGACCCGUCUGACUGGCGCGGCGAGUGCUUUGUCAAGUUUGAAACCAAAAAGGAUCGGGACGACGCGUAUUGAUGUGUUUAAGUUGUUCGAUAUGAAUCAUAUGGAUGUGUAUGAUCUGAUCUUGUAGCAGAAUAACUACGUUGACACUGAUCGCAUUUCAUUUGCACGAAGUUAAUAAAUUUCAUCAUCUGCAAAAUCAAUGCAAUUUUUGUGCCUCUUUCUACUCUUUACUGGUAGUGCCAUUUGGAUUUGGCUUGUCUCUACAAGAACAAGCUCAAAGAUAAACAAGGAAGACCAACAAGGCGAUUUUUUCUUGUUUCCUAGUACAAUCGUCCUCGUCCGUUUUUCUUUUGCGUCGAAUCGAAAACAUCAAAAAAAUCAGGUUUGACAUCCUGUCCGCGACGACCGACGUCUUUUUGGAUUGGAAGCAGCGCCGUGAUGACAAAGGGAAGGGCAAGAAGGCAGCCAAUAAUUCUCCGCUAGACAACAUACGGCUAUCGGAACUCCUGUCAGAGCGGGAAGUGAUCAAUAGCUUCUCUCUGUAUGGCGUGGUGAUCGGCGCGCGGCUACCCCGGCACAACUACACUAAUGAGGUGUUGGACUUCGGGUUCGUCUCCUUUCUCCACAAACAGCACGCCUUGAACGCCGUCGAAGAGGGGACAUGUCCACUGAAGAUUACGCAAAACUUCUCGGUGCCGUGCCGCGCGAAGAUGGCAAAAAACGCCGAGAACGACAAGCGAGUGCCCGUACCGCUCGACGUGCUUCACAAGGACGCGUUCGAUAACAAACUCGUUUUCGAAGGCCUUGUUGACUGGCUUCACGUGACGCGAAGGUGAGGAGGUGGUUGAAAGACUGUUCGUCAAACUGGCUCGCAGUGUCGCGGGCGGCAGCAGAAUGAGCCGCCGGCACGUGGUGCUGGUGCUGAUGGGAGUCUCCUUGUUGAAUAAAAGCGAUCGCAAGCACACGAUUGAUUUUCAUUUUCCUAACGACGCAUACUCCAAUAGCAAUAUCUGCCUUGAAUCGACGGCGCGAUCGACUUUGUAUAAAGAUUACAACCUCCAACAUGAAGAUAUAUAAUUCAUGGGGCACUGUAGUGCAAGUGCUGAGAUGGUACCCUUCGGCUUGUUCAUCUUUCGCUUUCCAGCGGACGAAUACGAUCACAACGACAUCACGACGAAACGGAAGAUGACAAAAGGUAGAAUGCUUGGGUCAAAGUUGAAC